GUAAACGUGCGAAAUUUUGAAGAGAAGGGACUUGAGCCGAAGAAUGGUUAAAGUUAAGGGACCAAAAAGGUCAAUUUACGUUUCCUUUUUCCAUUUUUCGGGGUUCAAUUGUUCUUAAAUUUAAGUUGAAAGUUUCGGUGAAGUGGUAGCCGGUCGGUUCUUCUUCCGUGUCAAGUCUCCGUGCUGAAUUACUAACCGUACCGUAGGAUAAGAAGAAAAAGGGGCAAUUAGUUGCUUCAAACUCGUGAGCUGCUGGGCAUUAUCUGAAUCUCCAUGAAUUCUCGAAGGGAGCGUAAUGCUAGAGCUGCACUUUUUGAUGGCAUUGAAGAAGGUGGCAUCAGGGCUUCAUCUUCUUACUCCUCUCAUGAAAUUGAUGAGCAGGAGAAUGAAAAAGAAAUUGAUGGGUUACAGGAUCGAGUUAAUCUGCUGAAAAGAUUGUCUGGUGAUAUACAUGAGGAAGUGGACAAUCAUAACCGCAUGCUGGACAGAAUGGGUAACGAUAUGGAUGCUUCAAGGGGAAUCUUAGCAGGAACAGUGGACAAAUUUAAAAUGGUAUUUGAGACCAAAUCAAGCAGGAGAAUGUUUACACUAGUGGCAUCAUUUGUGGUCAUUUUCGUGGUUGUAUACUACCUCACUAAGUAAUUGGGGUUGAGAGCCGGUGCAUUUUCUAGAACCAUGCAUAGAACUUCCUGGCAUCUUUCCUGAUCAUAUGUACUUGUAUACAAGAAUAGCAGUGCUUUCUUCACUUUGUUAAUGUAAUGAACACCAGCACCAGUUGUAAGAUGUUGCCAUAUGCAUGCCUAUGUAAAAAAUGUUUUGGUGCACUGACCUUUGAACGUGUGCAAUGACUAUUACUAUCCUGCGCUACACCUUUGAUGGAAUAUGCACGCAUUUUUCAUGUUA